GUAAUUACCCACACUCCACCACUCACUCUCUCACUUCUCCAUGGCUUCCCUUUCACUAAAGACCUUCAUCGGCCUCCGUCAGGCUUCGCCGGAGACUCAUCCCUCAGCUACUCUUUUAAAACCCACAUCAGUCCAACCUCCAUCUCAUUCCCGCCGGUUCCGUGUUCUCGCCGGAAAAUUUAGCCCUAAAGUAGCCGGCAGGAACCUCCGUGUCGCCGUCAUUGGAGGAGGACCUGCCGGAGGAUGCGCCGCCGAGACAUUGGCCAAGGGUGGAAUUGAAACAUUCUUAAUUGAACGGAAGAUGGAUAAUAGCAAACCGUGUGGCGGCGCUAUUCCUCUUUGUAUGGUCGGAGAAUUUGACUUGCCGUUGGACAUUAUCGAUCGAAGGGUCACCAAAAUGAAGAUGAUUUCACCAUCUAAUGUGGCUGUGGACAUUGGGAGAACCCUAAAGCCCCAUGAAUACAUAGGAAUGGUACGGCGUGAAGUACUUGACAUGUACUUAAGAGAACGCGCUGCCGCCUCCGGCGCCGCCGUAAUUAACGGUCUUUUCCUAAAAAUGGACAUACCCAAAGAAGCUAACGCACCAUACGUCCUCCACUACACCGCCUACGAUUCCAAGACCGGCGGUGCCGGCGAAAAGAAGACUCUUGAAGUCGACGCUGUUAUCGGAGCAGACGGAGCAAAUUCCCGCGUCGCCAAAGCAAUCGGCGCCGGCGAUUACGAAUACGCAAUCGCCUUCCAAGAGAGAAUCAAAAUCCCAGAUGAAAAAAUGAAAUACUACGAAGAUCUCGCCGAAAUGUACGUCGGAGAAGAUGUUUCCCCUGAUUUCUACGGCUGGGUGUUUCCAAAAUGCGACCAUGUUGCAGUCGGCACAGGUACCGUGACCCAUAAACCAGACAUAAAGAAAUUCCAGGUCGCGACUCGACUCCGUGCCCGUGACAAGAUCCUCGGUGGGAAGAUUAUCAGGGUCGAGGCUCAUCCGAUCCCGGAACACCCACGUCCGAAAAGGGUAUCUGGUCGUGUGACAUUGAUCGGAGAUGCUGCAGGGUAUGUUACUAAAUGUUCUGGCGAAGGGAUCUAUUUUGCGGCGAAGAGUGGGCGGAUGUGCGCGGAGGCGAUCGUUGAGGGAUCGGAGAAUGGGAAAAGGAUGGUGAAUGAGGAAGAUUUGAGGAACUAUUUGCAGAAAUGGGAUAAGACUUAUUGGCCAACUUAUAAGGUAUUGGAUAUAUUGCAGAAAGUGUUUUACAGGUCUAAUCCGGCGAGAGAGGCGUUUGUAGAGAUGUGUGCGGAUGAGUAUGUGCAGAAGAUGACUUUUGAUAGUUAUUUGUACAAGACGGUGGCGCCGGGGAAUCCGAUUGAGGAUUUGAAAUUGGCUGUGAAUACUAUUGGUUGUCUGGUUAGGGCUAAUGCUUUGAGGAAAGAGAUGGAUAAGCUUAGUGUGUAAUUUCAGUCAUUUUUCUAAUUUAUAAUUCUCUAUAUAUUAUGUUUAUUUGGGAGAUUUACUUUUGGAUUUAUAAUUGUUAUUAUGUAAAUUUGGAAGAGCUUCAAGAGGCUUUUGCUUA